AAACUCUGCUGUGCUGUUUUUCCUAUUUCAGUUACCUAGAAAAAUACGAGAAAGUUCAUCAUUUUGGGGAGGAGGAUGAUGAAGUACCACCAGGAAAUCCAAAGCCACAGCUUCCUAUUGGUGCAAUUCCAUCUUCCUACAAUUACCAGCAGCACAGCGUAUCAGAUUAUCUGCGUCAAAGUUAUGGGCUAUCUAUGGACUUCAAUUCGCCAAAUGAUUAUAAUAAACUGGUGCUUUCACUGUUAUCUGGACUCCCAAAUGAAGUGGACUUUGCUAUUAAUGUGUGCACUCUCCUAUCAAAUGAAAGCAAACAUGUCAUGCAACUUGAAAAAGACCCUAAAAUCAUCACUUUAUUACUUGCUAAUGCUGGGGUGUUUGAUGACACUUUAGGAUCCUUUUCUACUGUAUUUGGAGAAGAAUGGAAGGAGAAGACUGAUAGAGAUUUCGUUAAGGUAAUUCACAUGAAAUGUCCAUUAGGUUACAUGCAGCCAAGGGCCCAAGGAGUUGUAGUUGCUCAUUAUAUGUGUGUGUGUGUGUGUGUGUGUGUGUGUGUGUGUGUGUAUACAUACAUAUGAUACUAUCCAUACUUUAUCUUUAGCAUAAUACAUAAAGGUAGCUAUUUAAAAGUUGGGAGUAAGUCAAGUAAAAAAUGUUUUAGAGGACCUCCCUGAUGGCUCAAGGGAUUGAGACACAAUCUGUGGGGCUAUUCGCAGCCAUUGCAGCAUGAGUUUGAUCCCCGGCCAGG